AUGAGCGAUGAUAUAUUAAGCAAGAGUAAUUUGGGGGAAUUUGGCGAAGACAUAGAUUAAUAGUUAUAUGAGAGAUGCGAGUAGUUUUGUCAGAAAUUGAGACGCACAAAUUAAUAGCUCUACAAGCAAUUUUCAAAUAUCGUUAGUUAAAAUACACGUAUAGCUAAGGAGCAGUUGGGAUAAAUGUUGGGCGAAGAACCAGAACUCUUAAAGGAAGUGAAUGGUUUAUUGGAAGAUGAUGUUAAAUUCAAGACUCAGAAGGAGAAAUUGACUGAAUUCGUGAACAACGAGACCAAUUAGAGUAAGGCAAUGGAGACCAUAUUAAAAUAAAUACAGAAUGGGUAAUUGGAUGGCCAUCAGAAUAAAGAUCACAUCUUGGAUUUAUUCAGCAAUGAUCCUCAAUUGCAAUAGUAAUUCCUGCAGAGUUUCAAAAAGAAGCACGAGUAGAAUCCCCCAAAAAAGAAGGUUGAGGAGAAUAGGAAUUAUUUCUAAAGACUCUUGGACAAGAGUGGAAUAGCUGUUAUUGAUAUGGUAAAAAUUGAUUAAUUAAAAUAGAAUGAAUUACUAUUUUGGGAUAAAUUUAGAUUGAGAGUGAUCCAGUAAUUCCCUAAUGACCAUUAACAGUACAUGAAUGAGUUCCUGAAGGUAAUUCAUCUCUAUUCUGAAUGCAUAAUCACUCAGAUGGAAGUUAUGGAAUUGAUUAAUCAAUAAGGCUGGUUGGAGAGAGAAUACAUUGACGAUAUAAGAUCAAUGUUAACGACCAGAGUCAUAGCUAGAAGAAUACAAACGCCAUUAUUCAAACCAUUGAAAGAUACUGAUUUUGCUUAGGUUGACAGAGUGACUAGAUCCUAUGUGAGAAUGCCAAUAGGAUAUGCUAAGGCAAACAACAAUCCUGAGAUUCUUAAUCAUUCAUGGGUUUCUGUUCCAUUUGGUUCUGAAGAUUAAUCAUUCUUGAUUAUGAGGAAAAACACCUUUGAGGAGCAAUUGUUUAAAAGUGAAGAUGAACGCUUUGAAUUCGAUGUCAACAUCUAAUAGAUCAAAAGAACUAUUAAUCUACUUCAAGAAAUCAUUGAUGGAAAUAAGGGUGAGUAAGCUUUAGUGACCAAAGUUAUUGACAUGAGAAUUUUAUAGUAAUUGUAUAGAAAUUAGACUCAAGAUCAGAACGAAAUCAUCUAAUUGUUUUAAUCAAAACCUGUAGAAAGUGCUAAGAUUUUGAUUAAGAGAGUCAAGUAGAAAUUAAAUGAAUUGGUACAAGCAAGGAAUACUAAAGCUAAAUAAGUUUGGGAUACAGUCUCUACAAUUAAUUUUCAUCGAUCAUUGGAUCAUAGAUCUUUCUAUUUCAAAAAGAAUGAUAAAUUGGUAAUCAAUGGAUAGAGAUUUGUCAGAGAAAUUGAAGAAUAUGCCAAAAAUGUAUUAAUUAAAUUCCUGGGAACUAAGGAUCAUGUAUUCAUUAAAAGAAAAGCUGAUAUCAUUUAGUUCACCUUUGAUGAGUCAUUUUUAAAUUCCUUAGCUUAAAUGACCAAUAUCAAACCAUUCCUACCAAAACAAAUGCCAUUGGCAGCUCCGACAAAAGAAAAUGUCCGUUUUUGUCCACUUAUUUCACUUUGGAUGGGUAAUGAACAAAUACUCUAAGAGUGUGGGCAAUUUGUUAUCCAUUAUCUAUAAAUUAUGGGUGGGAAUAACUCAUUAGAUAAAAGAAAUGGUACAUUCUUGAUGAUUAAAUUGAUCAAUCACUUUUUUUAAGUUCCUAUGAAACCUAUGUAAAUAUCUGAGUUGAUAUUAAAUGAUACUAAAUUAAAGACAGAAAUAACAGAGUUAGAAAUAUAUGAUAUUCAUUAUAAUCCUGAAGAGAAUACAGUCUCAAUUCCAGAGAUAGAGAAUGAACCUCCAGGACACUUUUUAAAUUUACAACCUAGAGUGAAGUCUACAACUUAUGUUACUCAAAAUUUGUACAUCUUAUUGAGAUUUUUGCAUACCAUAUAUCAGAGAUUAGAGAUGGCCUACAUAAUCAGUAAACAGAACACUCUUGGAAAGGAUAGGAGAUACAAUUUAUUUAAAUCAGCACUGUUCCUUUCUUUGAAGGCCAAAGACUUUAAAUAUGAAGAUCAUUUAAGAAGCUUAUUUGGAAAACAUGGUUUCAUAUUUUCGACAUUAGAAAAGGUGCUUCAUGAUGCUGCCAAAUAGUUGGCAAUCUGUGCUUCAGAUGCAGUGACAACUAGUUAUUUUGAGAAGUCUGCUUCAUACAAUGGAGACAUUGAUAAAUACUUUUAAGUAGUAUCAGGAAUAGUCAAUGGAGAAGGGAUCAAGGUAUCUGAUCUGGAGGCUGAAGUGUAUUACCAAUUUUAGACACUCUAAGAAGAAGAGAUGCUGUUAAGAUUGCAUGAGACACUUCAGAAUUGCAAACCAGAGAAGAAACCCAUAUACAGAAUUGCAUGUUGGCAUAAGGCGUGUUUCAUAUCGAUGUUGCCAGGAUAUGGAGGUCACAAUCAAGAGAAAUGUACUUCUUGGAAACAACCCUUUUUGAUGAGAAAUAUGAUGAGAGGAUAGAGGAGAAUGAUGAUUAGAAAUGGCAUUGAAUGGAUGGUAGAUGAGAUGUGUCAUUUCAAACCUAUUAUCAAUCAUGGAGAAGAUUACUUAAAGUGUGUAUGA